UCCUUGGUAGUGUGCGUAAAGAGGGAGGAGUGCGUGCGUCGCAGCCAUAGGUCGAAGUCUGCAGCCCUAAACGAGUUCCUCAUUGUAGGACCGGUAUCAUAACAGCUUUGCCUUGCAGCAUGUGUUACACGUUUCAGUCAGCGGCUCCUCCUCCUCCAAUGAGACCAAACUUUAACCGAAAGUAAAAAUGUGUUUGGUGUAGAAGAGCUGCGAGCUUCGAUCUGACAACAACCCACUGCAGGACUCUGACGGUGACUCAGUAUAACUUCAUCAAAUUCUUCAGAUGAUUCACUGACAGAUGACAGAGAAGAUCCAGCACUUUAUGGUAAUGUUGUUAAGUCUCGAUUAAAAUUUAACAACAUGAAGUCUCAAAGUGGACUGGGCGGCAGAUGACACACCGGAAAGCAGUCAGUGAUGGAGGAUCUGCUGGUGAAAAGUGGAGGAACUGGUGCAACAGGCGAUCGAGAAGAGGAUUCUCCCUUGUAGGAUGGUCAGAGACAGUCUUAAUAGAACAGUAGUACCAAGUCCGAAACCGAACCAGAGUCAAGCCCCUGAAGAACCCGCAGGACCUGAACAGAACCCAGAGAGCACAGAGCCGACAACGAGCCGGCUGGAUUUACUGCAGUGGAGAAAAUUCAACUUAGAGGAAGAACCUGAAUCCUGGUGCCAGGUGCCUGGAGCUGAUGAUGAGAGCUUGCCCACACACCUUCGUCCAUUCAGCAGCGCGGCAGAGUAUAAACUAGUGAAACACACUUACCUGCAGCUCCAACAAAGCGGCUACUACUGGGGAUCGAUGACCAUGGAGGAGGCACACGAAAUACUCACACAAACAUCGUUGGGCACCUUUCUCAUCAGAGACAGCGGCCAGAGGGAUGUUUUCUUCACCCUGAGUUACCAAAGUGAUGACGGCCCAACUAGUGUUCGUAUCCAGUUGAACAACUUACACUUCAAUCUGUACGGCAGCCACAGGACUUUUGCUUCACUCUUCACUCUGCUCACUUAUUACACCGGCUCUUCCUGUAAGCUGACAGUACCCUAUCGCAAACAGCGUCCGGAGUGCCUGAAGCAAAUUUGCAGAAGGGCUCUAAUACGUACAUAUGGAGCAGAAAGCAUAAGCACCUUACCUGGACUCAGCAAUCAAGAUAAAGACUAUGUUCAUGUGUACCCCCAUUGUAUAUAGACACACGUGUGGACAGAUUUGAGGUGUUGUUUGUGUAACAAAUAUUAUGUUAUUAUAGAAAACAUGUAUAUUUUGUUAUUACAAAUAACUCAGAUAUAGCUUGAAUAUUAUUUUUUUUGCACACAUGAUCAAAGUGAUACAUAUUGUUACGAUCUGACUCAUGACAAAAUGAGGAAAAUACACACAGUUGUACUAGGAGCAACAUAGUAAGACAUGUUUUCCACAGAUCCUGUGUAACUGCAUUAUCACUGUCUCCAUGAUACGUAUCAGUAUGUAACGUCCAAAAAUUUGCUGCUCUUUAAAGCUGCAUUAAUUAAUGUUUGGCCAGUAGGGGGCAUAAAGAGUAAUUGGUAUAUCACCAGCUCAAAAUUAUAUGACUAAAAUAUUAGCUAACAAUUGUUUGUUGCUGGCCAAAUUAUGAAUGAAAGUCUACUAUUCUCCACAAGUCAUUAUGGUAGCAAUUGCGGUUUUUAUCAUUAUUUCAGGAGUUGUUUUCCGAUGAUAAUGGGUUCAUUAUCUCGAGAGAACAAUAGGUUGAUUUCUCUGGAUAAUCGGACAAAUGCCAAAUUUUCAUGAGAAACAGGCAGCUUUGGUUUUGUUUCAGUAAGUUAUGGAUGAAAUGGAGGAAAGCCGAUUUAAAUGUUAUCGCAAAAAAAGAUCUACUUUCGUUUUCACCAAAUAAACGUUACGAGAAAGCAACUUUGCUAUCCUGAGAUAACAAGAUAACCACAUCCACUUUCACUUUUGUUCUCUGCAUAAGUGACAGGCUGCAGAGGGAGGCUGAAGAGAGCAGCUGGCUUGGGGGAUUGGUGGUUUAUUUUCUGUGGGUCCAACAGUAAGAGUGACCUCUUUCACAUCAUAUGUAGCCAUAAAAGAUUUGCAAUAUAACAAUAUUGAUUAAUGCAGCUUUAACUAUUCAUCAACACUUGAAAUCAUUUUAACCCUGUAGUAACUCUUUUUAGGAAUGUGAAACUAUUGUACAGGAGUGUAAUGCUUUGCAAAACUUUGUUUUUGUUGAAUAAAUUAAAAUCUUAAGUUUACACUUUA